UCCAUGCUCAAAACGGCACCACCACAUUCCAUUACCUGCAAUCCCUGCUAUAAUGAAGGUGUUUGCAAAUCUGGAAUCUCUCAAAAUUAAGCUCUGUCGUUUCCCUUCUCCAACUGCACAACCUUGUUGUCAAAACUUCACCACGAUGAAGGUUGAUUGGGAGGGUGAUGAUUAUCAUACUUAUACGUGCACGGCAUAUGAGGUUGGAUUGUUAUCAACUAUAGAAGGAGCUAUGCUGUUUCAUGAUUUCAGCAAAAGCACUUUUGCUGCUAUCCAAGGUUUCCCAGUCACCUACUUUUAUUGGAGAAUGUUAGAUCACCGGCCAAAAACACUGAGAAGAAUGGUGAUUAUGAGUUCAAGGAUGGAAGGGUUUAGAUCAGGAGGGAAGGUUUUCAUGAGAUACGAACAGCUCCCGAAUUUGCGUGAUUCAGUUUCGAAUUCAAGAGUGAACGAGAGCUGGCUUGAAGAUCCACAGAAUGUGGUUCACUGGCACAAGAAUCACUCGGACAAGGAGCAUUUUCUGCAAGAACAGGUGUGGCUUCUUUAUGAAUGGCAAUAUUUUGUAACUAACAGAGAACUUGAUAUGAAAGAAAUGAUAAUGAAGGAGACAGAUUAUACAGAGCUGUUGAAUGGCUUAGAUUAUGAUGGUGGUGGUGAUCACAAUAGAAAACACAGAACUGAUGAGUACCGACCGUAAUAAUUAUUGUUAGUGCAAAUGGAAGAUGAAAUGCUAUCAAUAAGGCUGAUGAAAUGCUCAAUGAACAAAAAAAAGGCUUCUUUCGCCUCAAUGACAAGCUCCACAGAUCUGUUGUGUUU